AACCUCAUGGGCCGUGCUAAAACCCUGUCUAGUGACUGUAUCAGGGUAUUAGCAGAGCUUAAACCCCCCAAAAAUCGAGAUGGCGUUGAGAGCGGCGGCGAAGACAGCUGCGACGGCGGCCACGGCUGCGUCGCCGAGGGGUCUGAGGUCCCUUUUAUUUUCCACAUCAACCUUUCCAUUCAAUCUACCGCAGUCUCAAACGGAGAAACCUCCUCCUGCUGAGCCCUCCACCAAUCUCUUCGUCUCCGGUCUCAGCAAACGUACAACCACUGAAGGUCUCAGAACCGCCUUUGAGAAGUUUGGUCAAGUGGUUGAUGCAAAAGUGGUAACUGAUCGUGCAUCUGGUUUUUCAAAGGGAUUUGGUUUUGUUAGAUAUGGAUCCUUAGAAGAUGCUGCUGCCGGUAUAGAGGGCAUGGAUGGCAAGUUUUUGGAUGGCUGGGUUAUCUUCGCUGAAUAUGCAAGACCAAGAAAUACUCUGCCGCCACCUCAAAAUUCGUUCCCCCGUGGUGUCAAUAACACACGUUUCCAGAGUUGAAGAAUCCCUUAAUUCAAACAUAGCACUGUUCUGGAUUGAUACAGAGGGAAUGUUGAUCUUAUGGCGUGUCGAAGAGAUAUAGUCUCCAUUCGGUUUAAUUAAAACUGCCGAUCAAGUAAAGUUACGUACUUUGACUGGUCAUAUAUAUUGACUAUUGAAUUGGACGACUGGAUGAGGUCAUUUUUUGCUUAAGCUUGUAACAAUGUAGCUUAGGAGAAUACAAUUUGCAUUGCAUAUUGGUUUAUACUGCUACUUGGCAUCACUACUCA